GAAGCAGAGCACGUGAACUUAACCGUUCGGCCACAGGGUCGGCCCCACUGAUACCCUUGAUAUAGAGCAUACUGUUGUAUUGGCUUUCAGUUUCACAUUCAAGACACAGAGUCCUUUGGUCUGGACCUGAGCAGUCAUGCUGCUGGUUUGUGUAGGAGGAGCUGAAGUGGGCCAGAGAAUGCUGUUCUCUACAUCAGUUUCCUGGUAUACAAUGCAUUAGGUAGAGUGGCUGCUUGAUUCAGCAAGUGUAUUGCCUUGACAAAUGAAGAGUCACAUUCCUCAGGACUUCUUUCCUUCCCUGUGGAAUGAAACCAUUAUACUUUUCUUGAUGGGCACCAUGGCACACGAUUCCCUUUUGUGGCUCCAGGAGAGACAGGACUCCUCUGUGAUGUUUGAUGGCAGUAAUGUGUGUGUGUGUGUGUGUGUGUGUGUGUGAGAUUUCUUGGGUGUGCAGGGAUAUUUCAGAAUUUCAAGCAAGAAUGGAAUGACUUCCAGGCAGGUGAAUGUUGAAAUUAGGGUCAUCUCUGGGUCCUCAUGCCUUUUUUCUUUUUUCCUAGGUCUGCUUUCUAAGGACCCUUUCUGCCUUCCUGAGGAAAAGAUAGAGGCAGAAAGGAUGGUGACUGAGUAUUUGACAAAUUUUUCUCAGGCCUCAGUUACCUUUGCUGAUGUGGCUGUGCACUUCACCCAAGAGGAGUGGACUUUACUGGACCCAACUCAGAGAAAUCUAUACAGAGAUGUGAUGCUAGAGACCUACAAGAACCUGACCACAGUAGAGUAUCAGUUGUUCAGACCCAAUCUGAUAUGUUGGUUGGAACAAGAAGAAGAGUUGGGGACAGUGGAGACUGGAGUCUUCCAAGAAUGGGAUAUUCAACUUAAAACCAAAGACUCAGCAAUUCAGCAGGGUAUGUUUUGGGGAAAAGCAUCCAAUAGUAUAGAAAUGGAAAGAAUCCACAGUGGGUGGGAACUCUAUGAUUGUGAGCAAUGUGGGAAAGUCUUCAGUGAACAUUCAUGUCUUGAGACCCAGAGGAGAACUCAGAAUGGAGGGAACGCUCAUGAGGAUAAUCAGCAUGAAAAACGCUUCCUUGGUCUACACACGAAAACCUCUACUGGAGAGAAAUUUUCUAGGUUUAGUCAGUGGGGAAAAGCCAUCAGCCUGAGUUCAGAUGUUACGUACUCAAAAACUAGCAUGCAAGAGGAAGCAUUCAAAUGCAGUCAUGGCAGGAAAGCCUUUGUGAAUCAGUCUUACAUUCAGGCCCAAACGAGAACUCACAAUGGAGGAAAACUGUGUGAAUGGAAGGAAUAUGGGAGAUCUUUUAUUCACUCCACAAGCCUUGCUGUGCGUGUACAAACUCAAACUGGUAACAGCCAUUACGAAUGUAAGGAAUGGGGGAAAUCUUCUGAAGGGAUCUCAUACUCUCAUUCUCUCAUUGAAAUUCACACUGGAAUAAAACCAUUUAUCUGUAAGGAAUGUGGGAAAAGCUUUAAGCGUUCUGUGCUUGUUAAUGCUCACUUGGGAAGUCACUCUCUUGAGAAACCUUAUGAAUUUAAGGAAUAUGGGAAAGCUUUCACUCAAUCCUCAGGCCUUGUUCACCACAAAAAAACUCCCUCUGAAGAAAGGCGUUUUAAAUGUGCCACGUGUGGGAAAGCCUUUCCUGCUUCCACAAGUCUCCAUUACCAUUUGAGAACUCACAGUGGAGAGAAGCCUUUUGAGUGUAAUCUAUGUGAAAAAAGGUUUGCAAGUUCUUCACAAUUAAUCUUUCACAAACGAACUCACACUGGAGAGAAACCCUAUCAGUGUGAGGAAUGUGGGAAAGCCUUCAGUCGAUCCUCAAACCUUAUUGUCCAUAGAAAAACUCACAGUGGAGAGAACACUGUUGAGUGUAGUAUAUGUGAAAAAAGAUUUACAAGUCCUUCAUCCUUAAUUGUUCACAAGCGGACUCACACUGGAGAGAAACCAUUUGAAUGUAAGGUAUGUGGGAAAGCUUUUGCUGUUUCUUCAACUCUUCGUUACCAUUUGAGAACUCACAGUGGAGAAAAGCCUUUUAAAUGUGACACAUGUAGGAAAGCCUAUGCUGAUUUCAGAAGUCUCCGUUACCAUUUGACAACUCACAGUGGACAGAAACCUUUUGUGUGUAGUAUAUGUGAAAAAAGAUUUACAAGUCCUUCAUCCUUAAUCAUUCACAAGCGAACUCACACUGGAGAGAAACCCUAUGAAUGUGAGAAAUGUGGGCAAGCCUUUGGUACUUCCUCAGCUCUUCGUUACCAUCUGAGAGCUCACUGUGGAGAGAAUCUUUUUGAGUGUAAUCUAUGUGAAAAAAGGUUUGCAACUUCUUCGCAAUUAAUCUUUCACAAGCGAACUCACACUGGACAGAAACCCUAUCAAUGUGAGGAAUGUGGGAAAGCCUUGGCUAGUUGCUCAUCUUUUAGUUACCAUCUGAGAACUCACAGUGGAGAAAAGCCUUUUGAGUGUAAUCUAUGUGAAAAAAGGUUUGCAGGUUCUUCACAAUUAGCCUUUCACAGGCGAACUCACACUGGAGAGAAACCCUAUCAAUGUGAGGCAUGUGGGAAAGCCUUGGCUACUGCCUCAGCUCUUAGUUACCAUCUGAGAACUCACAGUGGAGAGAAGCCUUUUGAGUGUAAUCUAUGUGAAAAAAGGUUUGCAACUUCUUCACAAUUAAUCUCUCACAAACGAAUUCACACAGGAGAGAAACCCUAUGAAUGUGAGGAAUGUGGGAAAGCCUUCAGUCGAUCCUCAAACCUUAUUGUCCAUAGAAAAACUCACAGUGGAGAGAACACUGUUGAGUGUAGUAUAUGUGAAAAAAGAUUUACAAGAUCUUCAUCCUUAACCGCUCACAAGCGAACUCACACUGGAGAGAAACCCUAUCAAUGUGAGGUAUGUGGGAAAGCCUUGGCUACUUCCUCAGCUCUUAGUUACCAUCUGAGAACUCACAGUGGAGAGAAGCCUUUUGAGUGUAAUCUAUGUGAAAAAAGGUUUGCAACUUCUUCACAAUUAGUCUUGCACAAGCGAACUCACACUGGAGAGAAACCAUUUGAAUGUAAGGUAUGUGGGAAAGCUUUUGCUGUUUCCUCAACUCUUCGUUACCAUUUGAGAACUCACAGUGGAGAAAAGCCUUUUAAAUGUGACACAUGUGGGAAAGCCUAUGCUGAUUCCAGAAGUCUCCGUUACCAUUUGACAACUCACAGUGGACAGAAACCUUUUGUGUGUAGUAUAUGUGAAAAAAGAUUUACAAGUCCUUCAUCCUUAAUCAUUCACAAGCGAACUCACACUGGAGAGAAAUAAAGAAUGUGGGAAAGCCUUCCCUCAAUCCUCAUGCUUUAUUGCCCACAUAAAAACUCAGGCUGGAGAGAAGCCUGUUAAAUGUGACACACAUGGGAAAGCCUUUCAUACUUCCUCACAUCUUAAUAAACCUGUUAGAACUCACACUACAUAGAAGCCUAUUGAGAGUAAUAUAUGUUGCAAAACAUUGGCCAUUUCUUCAUACAAUAUAGUUUACAAUCUCUCACUGGAGAGAAACCUUAUAAAUCAAAGGAAUAUGGGAAAGACUUCAAUUUUCCCACUUCCUUUCAGUCAUUAAAGAACUCACCUGGAGAGAAGUCCUAUCCACGUAAGGAAUGUGGUGAAGCCCUCGGUAGUCCUGAUUCACUUCAAAGACGUGAAAGGACCACACCGCAGAGAUGGUUUCGAAUGUAAGGAAUGAGGGAGAGCCAUCAGAAUCUCCUCACAGCCCAGCCUGUGAGAACUCUCAGUGAUGCCAUCCUAUUAAGAAACAUGGAAAGCCCUUCCCUAUAUUUUUUCAUUGAAAUAUACAUUUAUUGUAUAUAUGAGAUCUUGCAGUGGAGAGAAAACCAAGUGAAGUAAGAUGUGGGAAAACUGUUCUGGUCAUGUUCACUUGUGAUCUCACUGUGGAGAAAAACUUUAUGAAUGUAAAAAAAUGUACAGUUGUCAUCAUUUUCCAUUAGAUUAUUUCUCAUCUGUAAUAAAUAUGGGGUUAUUCACAGUCAAGAGAUUGUGGGAAUAUAAGAAAUAUAGGAAGUGCUACCGUGAGUGUGAAUCUUGGGGUCUUCUGAGAGGCACACCAUUCUGGGUGGUUUGAUUGAUCUGUUUUAAGCUAUUGUGGUUAGUCCCUGAGCAUUCCUGUGCCCGAGGUGUUCUUUCCAGUGAUAGGGCAGUCUAGUUGCUACAGUUUCCAUGCUGCUGCCUGGUUAAAAGUGGGUCAACAGAAUUCAGUUAAUCCUCUUAUAAGUACCUUGAUCAUCUUGUUGGGUUGACAUGGACUUACAUUGUGGAGAUUGUGACUGUGUAGAGUGCUCACCAAACUCGUUCACAGUGAGUCACACCAACCAACAUGGUUAAAAUACAUCAUAAAUUUUGUAAAAUUACCUUUUUCCUCUCACAGCUGGUCCUUUCAGAUAAAAAGUCAGUUUCAAGCAUAGGAUGAGUGGAGAAAAAGAGAGAGUACACCUAUAAUGGGUGACACCCUGAUUUUGUGGCCUUUGUGGGUGAACAACAACCCUACUACCUGGGGAUGAUCUUUAAUCUCAAGCCCAUACAGGAUGAUGGUGAGAAUCAUGAGUGUUCUCUUUCAACCAUACCCAACACCACAGCCUGGGAAAACAAUGAUAUUUGUCUGAGUCAAGCAACAGCUGUUGGAGGUGGUAUGACCUGUAUCUGUGUUUGUCGUUCUAUCCAUGGGCGGUGAAAAUUGAAAAACUCACGUGAAUGUAGCUGGUCCUGAUAAUCUGG